AAAUGUAUCGGCUCACAGUUGGAGUUGCUAGUAUUUUGCCAGAAUUUGAAUGAGAAGCAAUGAAAUAUCAAUAACUACAUCAACAGGACUGGAGUGAGGGUUAAUGUUUACAAGAAUUACAUAACAUUAAAUGCCAUGUGAUAUGGAAAAACAAUAGACAAUUGCAUUUGAAUAGGGUUUUUUUUUGCGAAGCCAGACCUUGUGUGUCCUUCACGGAUUCAAGUAACUGAGAUUGACAAAGUGAAGGUUUUUGUAAGGUCUAUACGAGAAGAGACAGCGGUGGUCUCAGACUACUUAAACAACUAUUACCGGAAUGAUCAAAAGCUAAUAUUUGGAUAACGAACAUUCCAUCGUUUUUUUGUUAUAUUCCUCACUGGAAAUAAUAUUACAAACUUGAAAGUGAUUUCUGUAUUUUUUGUCAGUGUUUAAUCGAUUAAUAUGUAAUAAAACGUUUUCUUGAUGUUCAGAAUACGGUUGUGUAAAAUAGAGAUUUGUUAAAUUUUGAUCUUGAUCAUGUUCUGAUUUUCACUUCUAAUAACAAACAGUUUCUUUGAAAGAUGUUUUGUUAUUGGUCUUGGUAGUCGCCAUAAUAGUACCGUCUUCUCGGAUACUACGAGGAUUACUCCAGGUUCUUCAGAACAGUUUAUGGUCUUGCAAGCUGUCAGAAUAAUUUGUAUUUGGCAAGGAGAUGGCCGUAAUGUUUGAUCCAGCAUGAGGAUAUUCUUUUGGUUCAUGGUCUUACUUACAUGGACUACCGAUAUGGUCAAAUCACAAGGAUAUAUGGAUCCAAACAUUGACUCAUGCACAAGUUGUGAGCACAAAUACACAGUUCGUGGUGCCAGAAAGGGUAUAUUUACGUCCCCAGGCUUUCCAGAGGAUUAUCCAGAGCGAACAACAUGUUGUUAUUUCUUUCACGCCAAGGAGGACGGUCGAGUGAGGAUAGAAUUCGACUACUUCGACCUUGAAGCGUCCGAUCACGAAUGCAGGUAUGACUACAUUGAAAUAUCAAGUAUCAAUGCUCUUGGCUAUAAGGAGAAGCCUAAAGCUUUGUAUUGCGGUAAAACAACUCCGCCUGUUUACAUAUCAACACAUUCCAAACUUGAAGUGGUUUUCCAUUCUGAUGUUACUACUAAUGCCAAAGGAUUCUUAGGGCAUUAUGAAUUUCUAGAUACAAAUUGGCAUCCGUUUUCGCCUUCCACCAUUGGAUGCGGGCCAGGAUAUCUCACCGGUCCAGGAGGAUCAAUUCAUUCUCCAAGGUUUCCCGAGACAUAUCCGACAGAAGCCGGAUGUACGUGGGUUAUACAGGUGAAACAACAACAAAGGAUCCUUCUCAACUUCCUGUCAUUAGAUAUAUCAAACAGCGAGAAGUGCACAGACACGAACCUUCUGAUGAUUUUUGAUGGAUUUUUUACUCCGGACCAGGAGCCUUUGAAGUAUUGCGGUCAGCUGGAACAUAAACCCGACAACAGCCGGGAAUACCUUUCUCAGGGUGAUAGGGUGGUCAUAAGGUUUUUAUCUGGAAUGGCGAAUCUUGGAGGAAACAAGGGCUUUGAACUAGUUUGGACUGCUGUAACCUUAGAAAAAACUGGUGAGUGUCAGGGCUUCGAGUGUGCACGUGUAGGUACGAAAGGAUGUGAUAGAUCUUUAGGACAGGAACUAUGCAAUGACCAACAUUUUUGUAUCGAUGAGAGUUUGAAAUGCAACGAAGUCCCGAACUGCGGGGCCUCUGACGACAGCGAUGAAAAUAAGUGCCUAAGUUACAUAAUGCGAUAUGUGGGAAUUAUUGGUGGGUGUCUGGUUAUCAUAAUCAUCAUCAUAGUGGUUGUCGUCUGCUGUUAUAAGAAACGCUGCAAUAGAGACCGCGUUAAAUACAGCGUUCCAAAAGAACAAUCGCUCACACAUUCUAUGACACAUUCCUUCAUGUCCACACAGAGCUCAAGCGUACCAGUGAGGUCACUGGAGCAUAGCCCUAGAUCAUCUUGUGUAAUGUACACUACGUCAUUUACGGAUUGUGGCAUCAGUGAUCACGUGACUACACCGAGUCGCAAUGGUAAAAGCAACAGUGCAAAUGUUUUAAAUAGUUUUUCUCACUCAAAUUCACUUCAUCUCAAAGAACCAAAUAAAGAUACUGAAGCAGAAGACGCUAAAGAUGUAACUAAAGAUGACACUAAAGAAGGUGCUUCAUAUAAAGGCCAUCAAAAACGUCCGUCAUAUCAUAUGAUGAGAGAGUUAUGCUACGAAGACGGAAAUAUAGUGCUUGCUGAAAUAUAAAUAUCCAGACAGAAGAACUGGGAUUCACAAUCAGUUGUGCAUGAUAUUUCAGUAUUUCUGAAAGUAUUAAAGUUCCUUAGAUUAUUGUGGAUGAAGUGUUUUCAGAUAUCUUAGUUGUUAUUAUUUUUGAAAAAUACAUGCAGCUGACCUGUUAUCUUUAAAAAGGAAUACAUCAUGGUUUUCACGGUUUUCAUUGCUAAUGAAUUUCAUGGUGAUAUUGUCAUUUUUCCAUUCGAAUUUGUGCAUGUUUUUAUCAUCUUCUGCCUUUUAAGGCAUUGGUGUUAUUUUUAAUGUUUCUGUUUUCUGCAUCUUUAAUUAACAAAAAUACUUUUCUAAAGAGUGCGUUUUUAUCGUUAAGAUGUAAUUGUAUUUGGUUUUUAUUCUAUUCAAAGUGUAAAAUUAUUUGUAUUAUAUAAUGCAACAGUUUUGCUUUUUAACUCAAGUUCUGCACAGAGCUUUAAGUUUACAAUUUGUUAGAGCAAUUAUAAUUUGUUUUGUAAAGAUUUCAAUAUAUCAAGUGUUUUAUUAUAAAAGAAAAACAUUCGUACAUAGGCCGAUGAAGUGCAAUAUACUUUAGGUUCUCUGCAAAUAUGAGCCGCGCCAUGAGAAAACCAACAUAGUGACUUUGCGACCAGCAUGGAUCAAGACCAGUGCAUCCGCACAGUCUGGUCAGGAUCCAUGCUGUUCGCUAACGGUUUCUCUAAUUGCAAUAUGCCUCGAAAGCAAACAGCAUAGAUCUAGGCUGGUCUGGAUCCAUGCUGGUCACAAAGCCACUAUGUUGGUUUUCUCAUGGCGCGGCUCAUAUCAUGUUUAAGAAAUCUUUUCAAAGGCUUAUAGACGUGUUUCAGAAUUGUUCAUAUUUCAUAAUUAAGCAUAACGUAAGGCGCUACGGUACCCGCCCCACUCCCCGAAGUGAAUUUUAGUUUUAGACUUUUAGAUACACCUCACAUGCCAUUGUUCUUCAAGUAAUAGUUAUUAAAUUGAUCAGAACAAACAGGAGGUACUUUCUUAUGAUGUUAUGGCGUUUGCUUUGACGUAUGACAUUUUAUCUUUUAUAAUAUAUGCCGUUGAUGUACUUCUCAGAAAAAUUCAAACUUCAAACAUAUUCUCCAAAAACAAAACACAAAGUUUGAUACAUUUGUAUGCUUAUAAUCUUGUUACACGGGUAAGUAAAUAUGAUAAGCCUUUCGUUAUUUGAAACAAACAGUAUUUUGUAACUUUCUCAAGUUCUAUGUUCACUUUCAGUGUGCAAAGAAGUUGAAAUUACUUGACAGGAAUAUUCUUUGUAGCACGUUUAUGCUAGUGUUCCAUUAGAAACACCGUCAAUGUAAACAUGAUGGAAGUUUUGACGGUCCCUACGAAACAGACUUUGAUAAGACAAAAUAUAUGUUAAUUAGGGCAAACUCAAUAUUUCCAACCACACGUACCUAUGUAAUUAUAUUCUCCUUGUUUGUUCUGAGAAAUUUGUUUUGUACAUGAUAAAGAGCAAUUAUAUGUGGAUCGAAAUUCAAAAUAUGUUUUUAUACCUCUGAUAGUUGUUAUAAUUUGUCUGCGCAUGUUCAGAUGAAAUAUGAACCUCUAAACGAAAGCAAACCGUUAAUUGCACAGUUUUGUACAGGUACUUCAAACAUAUUUUUCAAAAUGUUGUUGUAAAAUAUUUCAAAAUUCUUUACCUGAGGACAAAACUUGCUAUAAAAACAUCAUACCUUUUAUAUGGAGUAACUUUUAGCUUAAAGCAAAGUUUUUACCAGAUAUACGUAUUUAUUUGAAUGUUGUUUUAGGAUAAUAUGACCGCAUGUCAACUUAAUAUAAAAUGGCGGCCGGUCUAUAGCUUCAUGAUAAGUUUGCAUUCCCUAAAUAUUUUUUUCUGAUGAUAAUGCCUCAUAUAUUUCGAGAUUGAUCAUUUCAUACCAUACAUUAGAAAUCGUGUUACAUGUUUUUGUCGUUUUAAUAUCAUAUUCAUUCAAAGGACGGAUUUAAUUGUAAGAAAAUAAUAUCAAACUCAUCCUAGAUAUUGUUGUCUAGAAAUGUAAAUGUACUUUCGAAGAUGUUUGUGUAACAGGUAAACCCGCGGACGUGUACACAGAAAAGAUAAAACAAAGAAGCUCAGUGAAAACACGUUAAUUGAAAUAGAGGCCUUCAAGAAGCUUCUAAACUAUUGUUUGUUUGUUUUGUUUUGUUUUUGUUGUUAGUAACAACGAUACAGUUCAGGUCAUGCAGAGCUUACGUUGCAUUCAACAAAGGAAAAAUACCCAAUGUGCUGCUGGACUAAUUUCACUUGUAAGAAUAUAAGGAUCUUACAUGCCUGCCUGUGUAAGACAGGGUUUUCACUACGCGAGGGACAGUGUGGAAUGGAAAACCGAGCGUUAGCGAGGUUUUUUAUCCACGCUGUCCCGAGGGUUGGGAAAACAGCUGUCUUUCACAGGCAGACGUGUUAGAUCAUUUUUCUUGCCUAUCAUGUUUAAAAUAGAUCGUGGAGACAAAUAGGUUUGGGUAUUUCCUAACAUUAUUUAUAAAGUUUAUGACGUCACAAUGGUACCAGUACUAUGUGACGUCACCUUAGUGCACGCUAUUUUAGACAAUGUUUUUCCCUAGGGAAAGACAGGAAUAUCUAUCCCCGGCGCGUGCUCGGAUAAAUGUAUACUUUCCCCGCUAGGUAGGCAAGAGUAAGCGACCGUCAGCAAGCAAGCCUGAUGACGACAUGAGCAACCUACAGAGGUAAAAGUGAUUCAAAGUCAUCGUUUCUACCAACUUGGAUUAGGAGGUUCCAGAUGGCAAAUAUAAUAGGGUUAUUAUAACAGUAGCUCGAUCUGGGAUGCUGAAUUCGGCUGAAUGGAUUUUUGUCAGAUCGGAUCUCGCAAGGCACGGAAGUGCAGAGUGUGGUCCGACUUUGAAAAAUCCACGAGAACCGAAUAAAAAAUCCCAGAUCUAGCUACUGUUAUAAUAACCCUUUUAUUAUAUAGCUCUACCUUUUUGUUUUUUUUGUUUUGUUAUUGAACGAAAUUUUCAAUGUAUACAUAUUGAUAUUAAAAGGAACAAGUGAAGUUUCUUAUGCGCGCUAUUUAUAGAACUGUGUCAGUUCAUGCAUAUCAAUGAAAGUAGUUCGGCAGCAUGCAAUACGGAAGGUACAAUAUGAAAUUUAAAAGAUAAUAUACGGAUUUUUUUCAGCCUGUUCAUAUUUAAUUGUGAAAUACAAGCCGAUUUUUUUACAGAAUUUAUAUAGGUAUAUAAUGAAAUGCAAUAUUCAAAAACGCCUCAUCGAUAUAUUAAACGAAUCACUUUUGAAGGUUUUCUUAUUAAAAUGUGUUAACUAUCGUUUUUGAAACUUGAAUUCGGAUAUUUUUUAUAGAAUUGUAGUACUUUAGUCGUGAAACCUUUAUAAGACAAAUUAAUUGACCAAGACUUCCAUUUUAAAAGGAUGAAUUGGUUUCAGUGUUGUAACGUUGUAAACAUAAUUGAAACGUUGGCGACAUUGUGUUGUCAAACAUUUAUUGCAAGCAAAAAAUAUCAUGUCCCAAAUUCGGGUCAAAAACCGCUACUUUCUACGUACAUGCGUAUAUAAGGAAUGUCCGUUUUUUUUUUUUGUGUGUUUUUUGGCACUAUGGUUCGUGUACUCCUACUCACCCGUUCAAUGUCCUGUUUUUAAACAAAGACAAUCGUUUUAUGAUAAUUUUGUUAACUUUCCUGCAACAUAUAACUUUAAAAAGGUUUUUGGAAAAGAUCUUUACAUUUUGAAGGUAAAUAUGGAUUUUUAUUUCUGUAUAGUAUACGUUCUACUUUGUCUAGUUAUCAGCCAAUUUAUGAAACUUGUUCUUAAGUGUUCGCGAAAUAAACAUGAAAAUGAUCAAAGUAUUUACAUACAAGUAUUAUCAAAGAAGUUUAUGGAUGAGGCGUAUAAAAGUAUGUAUUUAAGUUACUUCAGCAUAUAUACCUUUGUUGAAAAAUUAUGCAAAUUUUGAUGUUCUUUUCUUGAUAACUACUUUAGAACUUUAGGCGUAGGAUAAAUUUGAUUUGUACUUAUUUUUCCGCAUUUGCUGAAACCGGCAUAAAUAUCAAAUAGGAAACGCGACGUAAAAUAAACACAGUUCCCUAAAACCGUAACCAGAUAACAGUGUAUGGAUGGAUAGAUGGAUGGAUGGAUGCAUGCAUGCAUGCAUUCAUGCAUGCAUGUAUGCAUUUCAAAAUACUUAAAGCAAAGUCAACCGUAUGGACAAUGACGAAACGAACAAAUCAGGAAAGACAGAUGGAAAAUGCCUGGAUACUGGUAAUGGCAAAACACUACUGUAGAUUUUAAACAAUGUAUAUUAUUUCUACCAUGUCCUUAUGUUCCAACAUUACAUUGAUACCCAACAGAAUAAUUCUUUACAUAGAAGACACGCUAAAUAAAAUAUGCAUGCAUGCACUCAAUGCCUAUACAAAAAGCACAGAAAAAAAGACAGACGGAGAAGAACCCAGCUUAGUUCCGUCGGUUAUAGUAACUGUCUACCAUGGAGGCCUGUUCCGUCUUCGAAUACUGUAAAAGGACAAAUUUUUGCGAGGGUUUAAUAUUUGCUACACUCGCGAAUAUUAAUACUCGCUUAAAUAUUUACCAUUAGUUUAAUUCAAAUUCAAGUAGGAUACCAUUUUACAAUUUCGCUAAUAUUAAACAUCGCGAAAGUUUGACCAAGCAAAGAUAUGUGCUUUUACUGUACUGUAUAGUACCGUUCUUAAGAAUGAUUGGAAAUAAAAUGUCGUGACAUUGAAAUGUUCAGUACAGCAUAAUAAUUCAUAUGUGUAUAUAUACAUAAUCAUAUAGUUUCUAUCUAAAUUGCAAUUUUAACAUUGAUGAAUAAAUAAUUUUGAAAUG